AAAGCUGCCCCAUUCAGUCAAAUGGGACACACGUUCCCAUCACUGACGCUUGAUAAUUAGAAUACAAAGAUGCUCAAAGAAAAUGAAAACCAGGUCAUAAUUGAUGUGAAUGUCCCUGAGACAUUUAUUGUAUUCCCCCUCCCUCUCUUUCUACCAGGAAGGUGAAUCUUCAGCCGCUCCAUUGCCCAGCCUGCUGCCUGGGGAAUGAGGAGGACUGGCUGGGUUUGUUUCUGACGGCGCUGCUUGAUGGAAAGUUACGGUACCUGAGGCCAUUUCGUCAGAGCAGGAGCCAGAGCAGAGCAGCUCUUGCUCAGACAGAGAACAUCCUUCACAUCAGAAUCGAGCUACAACCCACAGGCAGCACAUAGCAAGAGUUGGCAACAUGAGUUUUGCAUUGUAUCAGAGCCUUGCCUGGACUCAGCCCGGUUUCUUUGCUACUCGAUGGUUACGGUUUAAUCACAGCUGCACCAGAAAUUUCCAAACUGGAAUCCUGGCUGGGCUCAAUAUCUGCAGGCAGGCACGCAGCAAGGCUUCAAGAACCCUCUGUGCGAAUCGUUCACCAACUUCAUCUUUUGUCCGAUACAUCUUCAGUGGGAAAGGAAGUGGUGAGAGAGUGCAGUCACUGGAGGACAUCGCCAAGCUCAUUCGGAACAGGGAGUGCCAUAGGAUUGUGGUGAUGUCUGGUGCAGGGAUCAGUACACCCAGCGGAAUCCCUGAUUUUAGGUCACCAGGCAGUGGGCUCUAUGACAACCUACAGCAAUACGACAUCCCAUAUCCAGAAGCCAUCUUUGAAAUCAAUUACUUUUCCCACAAUCCAAAGCCUUUCUUUGCUCUGGCCAAGCAGCUCUAUCCUGGAAACUGCAAACCCAACUACACACACUACUUUGUCAGAGUUUUACACCAUAAACUGUUACUGCAACGAAUGUACACUCAGAACAUUGAUGGCCUGGAACGCAUGGCUGGAAUCCCACCGGAGAAAUUGGUGGAAGCUCAUGGAACUUUUGCUACAGCAACGUGUACCGUAUGCAUGGAGAACUUCUCCUGGGAACAGCUGAGGGGAGAUAUCAUGGAAAGGAAGGUGCCUCACUGCCCUUCCUGCUUUGGGGUCAUAAAACCCGACAUUAUCUUUUUCGGGGAACAGCUGCCUGCAAAGUUCCAUCAGUACAUCAUUGAUUUUCCUUUUGCAGACCUGCUCAUUAUCCUGGGAACAUCACUUGAGGUGGAGCCAUUUGCAAGUUUGUCGGAGAUGGUGAGGGAAUCUGUUCCUCGGGUUCUCUUCAACCAGGAUUUGGUGGGAUCAAUCACUCGGAAUCCACUGAGAGUCAAUGAUGUUGUGGAACUGGGGGAUAUUGUAUCAGGAGUGAAGAAAUUUUCCGAGAUGUUGGGAUGGCAUGAGGAGGUGAAUGACCUGCUCUCCACAGAGCAUGAGAAGCUGGACAGGGAUAUCAUUCAGCAUUCGGAGUGAAUUGUGAAGUAGAUUCCCUUACAAGGUCUUUGAAAUAAAAUAUUCCUGGAAUUUUGAAGUUUUUAUCAUGAAUUCAGUCAGCUUCUCUGCAGAGAAUGAUCCAGAAAUUGUCUAUUUCUCGGUGUUUUCUCUGGACCCGGCUUGGAUUUGAUUGAACCCCUUCAUUCUUAACUGAACAGUUUGAAAGUCUCAGGUGAAGAUCAGAAAAGCAGGAAGUGGCACCAUGGAAUUGAGAUCUGUCAGAUUUCAACCUUUAACAAAAUUGAAAAGAAAACAAAAAGUCUGUAAAUAAACCAUUGGAUUCCAGCUGAUCAAACACGAUGACUGUGAAUGAAUAUUGUGAUUCUUACCCAUUUCUAGAUGUACAGUUGUAAUAUUGUUUUCAGAAUAAUGGCCAGCUUGAACCUUAGCUAUCCACCCAAAGCAACAUGACAAACUCUUUAAUCAAGGUUUCACCCUAUGUGUCUAGUUUCUGGGUUUGGGAUGGGCAGGAGUGAGGAGGGGAAAGCGGGUUGGUGUAGAUGGUCCCUAGUUUCUAUCCAUUUCUCAGACAAAACAUUUCCACAAAUUAUUUCUGAAUUCCCAUAAUAAACAUUUUCUUAAGUGUCUGUGCUAACUUUGUUGAUCAGUAUCACAUAUGUAUACAAGGGAUCCCUGAGAGUGUGUCAGCAUUAACAAGAAGUGUCUAAGGAGUGUGCCAAUAUUAACAGGUGGUUUCUGAGUGUGUCCAGCAUUUUUAGGGGCUCCAUGAGGUGAGUAGAACAAUGACCAGGUUUUCCUGGGUAUGUAUCAGUAUUAACAGCUGGUGUCUGCUUACGUACAGCAUUUCCAGGGAGUGUGUUAAUACUAAGAGGCAGUCUUUAGUAUGUGCAGUAUUUACAGGGACUCCUUAGAAUUUGUGGGUCUAUAAGGUGUCCUUAUGAACAUGCACAGGGAUAAAUGUAGGGAAAUGGGAAAAGUAAGAAUCAGCCACUCAAGUCUAUUCUGCAUUACACUGGGUCUUGGCUGAACUGUACUUUAAUGUUCCUACCUUUGUUCCAUACCCUUUUAUAUUAACAGAUGGUUUCAAAAAGAAAAGCAGGUAGUCUCAAUCCAAUCCCAAAGGUCAAUUGAAAAAUAGAGGUGAUUGUUGGUAGUUAAUAGGUUUUUCUUUCAAAUUACAUGGUGAUUAGUGAUGCUAAAAUAAACUGUCCAGCAUUGUGUAAGAACAUUUCUGGAUAUAUAAAGAGAAAAAAAAAAAUUCACCUCUGAAAUAGGGCUCUUGUGGCACAGUGAUAAUGUCCCUAUCUCUGGGCUAGGAGGUCAAGGUUCAAGCCCCACCUGCUGUAGGGAUACACAAGACCACAUUUCAACAGGUUGAUUAGAAAUUAUCUUGACCCCGAAGGCUGUGCUGGUGCAGUAUUAGUGUCCCUACUUCUGGACUAGGAGGCCUGGAUUCAAUUGCCACCUGCUCCAGAGGUGUGCAAUAACUUAAUUCCAGGUGUGAAGUUAUUCUAAUUGAAGUUUCUGAUGCUUGUUGAAUCUGGUUUGUAUCGAUUCCUGUGUGUGGAUCUCCCUGCUCCUCCAAGGUUACAGGCUUCUCCUCAGUUAAGAAAUAUUGUAAUUUUUCUCAAAUUCAAUUUAAUAACCUCACACUUCCAUUUUGAACUCUCUGUGCAGCAUAACAACUGGCCAUUUUACCUGACUCAUCUGCAACUGUGUUUUCUCAUCUAAUCAGCAUAUCCUUCAAUUGCUUUAUUCCCCAUGUUUUAUCUAUUGUCCUCUUUAAUGUAUCUGUAAUUGCAGGGAUGAGAACUGACCGUUGUUUUGUUAGCAUUCUGACUUUUGGAUCUCGUGAUUCUACGCUUUUAAAUCUUUGUACAGCUGAUGCCUGAUUCAGGGAGCUAUCACUGAGCUCAUUUGUCUUAAUCUGCCAUUGAAAUUGUACAGCUUGGAUGAAAUUGAUGGGUAUAUAAAUUGCACAACUAUUUACAUUAUAUCGAUCUUUAAAAUGUGAACUUUAAAACAAUGUACCAAAUUUUAGAAUGCUUAUUGUUGUUGCUGGGGUCACACAAUUUAAGAGUACUCUAUGUAUACAUUUGUUCAUGGGAUGUGGGCAUCGAUGUCAAGGUCAGCCUUUGUCCAUCAUGAAUUUCUUUCAAUAACGUGGCAAAUUAAAAUUAGAAAAUGUU